GAAAGAAGCCGAAGAAACACAGCUGUCCACACUGUGAGCAUGAAACGAUAGAUAAAACAUCAAUGACAAUUCACAUCAGGACCCACACUGGCGAGAAACCGUUCCAGUGCCCGCAGUGCGACUAUUCUGCAGCACAGAAGGGCGCCCUGAAGCGGCAUGUCAUGGCUGUGCACACCGGUGAGAGACCUUACCACUGUGGCUACUGUGACUAUUCUGCAGUCCAAAAGAUAUCCUUAGAAAAGCACAUGGCCAAACACACAGGUGAAAGAAAAGUGAAAAUUAAAAAGGAGCGUAAGAAACACAGCUGUCCGCACUGUGAGUUUGAAACAGUCAGUACAACGAGCCUGGCAAAUCACAUCAGAACCCACACUGGUGAGAGACCAUUUAAGUGCCCACAGUGUGACUAUUCUGCAGCACAGAAGGCGCAACUGAAACAGCACAUACAGUGCAAACACACUGAUGAGAGACCCUACCACUGCGGCCACUGUGACUUCUCGGCAGCAAGGAAAGGUGGUCUUUUUGUGCAUGUACGCACAAUGCAUGGCGGUGAGAGAGCUUACAAGUGCACUUUUUGUGACUACUCAGCAAAACAGUCUGGUCACCUCAAAGAGCACAUCAUGUCGAAACACAGCAACAACCGGCCUCACAAAUGCACGCAGUGUGACUUUUCUUCGGUGAGCAAGAAAGGUCUGAAGCUGCACAUGACUACCCACACUGGUGAGAAACCUUACAGGUGUGAGUUUUGCAGUUAUGCCUCUCGUCAAAAGGGCCAGUUGAAGUUGCACAUGGCUGAACACACUGGGGAGAAACCUUUUAAAUGUAAAGUCUGUGAUUAUUGCAGUGCAUCUAAGUCACGUUUGAAAACCCAUAUGGGCACACACUCUGACCAAAAUCCAUACAAAUGUGAAUUGUGUGAUUAUACAGCUGUGAGUAUGUAUCGUGUGAAACGGCACAUGGUCGCCCACAGUGGGGAAAAACCCUUCCACUGUGAACACUGCAACUUUUCCACAGCGCGAAAAGAAGAUCUGAAGCGGCACACAGCUAAACACACUGGUGAGAAACCGCACAAAUGUGAACUUUGUGACUAUUCAUCAUGGCAGAGUCACCAUUUAAAGCGACACAUGAUCACACACACUGGCGAAAAGCCAUUUAAAUGUGAAAUUUGUGGCUAUGGGGCGAGAGAAAUGUACUCUCUGAAAGCCCACAUGACCAGACACACCGGUGAGAAGCCUUACCAAUGUGAAGAAUGCGACUUUUCCACAGCCACGAAAGCACACUUGGCUAGUCACAUGACUAGACACACCGGUGAGAGACCAUACAUGUGUGAGGUUUGUGGGUUUGCAGCAGCAGUGAAGGGUGGCUUGAGACAGCACAUGGCCAUACAUGCUGUGGUGAAGCCCUACAAAUGUGACCAGUGUGACUACACUGCAGCACAGAAGGGUCAUUUGAAUAUCCAUUUGGCCAACCAUGCCAAAAAAAAAAACAAGAGUGUGAGUGACUAAAAAUCUUUAUAGAUAUACUAAUGAUCAAGCAAUUUUCAUUCCAAUGUCGACCACAUUCUUCGCUUUUCUUGGAAAAGGAAAGUGUUCUUGUGGAAGAAAUGUGAUCCCUGUGUUAAAGAGAAGAUGGCGUCUGAAAUUUUGUGUAUUGCUUCUGUCAAAUGUGUUGUAUUGGGGAGCUUUUCACUCA